UUCAAAGCUUAAAGAUGGCGACAAGAAAAAUCACAUUAUUUGAUUCAGAAAGAGAAAUUGUUGUAGAUAUUAUCGUUUCUGAAGCUGAAGCUGCUCGUGCAGAAAGAGAUGUAUUUUUUGCAACUGAGCUAUUAAGAAAAGCUGAAGCUUCCGCAUCUGUUCAAGUAGAUCAAGAAUUUAUUGAAGAGACUUCAGAGAGUUUUAUUGAAGAACGGCUUGAUAGUGAUAAUCUCAACUCUGAAACUCCACAAUUUGAAGGAGAAACUUCAGUAUACAGGUGGAACUCACCCUGCGUAUUAUUAUUAUUGGAAUUAUAUAGGUCUAUGGAAGGAACUCUGAACAGUGGAAAAAUUUCUCAAAAACAAGUAUGGAAUAAAAUAUCCCAAGAUAUGAAAAAAAAAGGAUACGAUGUGACCGGACCGCAAUGUCAUUCUAAAAUACGAAGCCUAAAAAAAACAUAUAAAUCUACUAAGGAUCAUAACAAUAAGUCAGGAAAUAAUAGAAAGACAUGGCAGUUUUACGAUAUUAUGGAUGAAAUUUUUGGCAAAAAAGCAUGGUGCAAUCCAGUUGCAGUUGCAUCUUCUAGUGGUCUGUCAUUGAAAGAAGCAGAAAAUAAUGAUAGUACAGCGGGAUCUGAUAGCGGAUGUUCACUAAAAACAAGGAAGGCGUCGAUAGCAUCUUUACUGGAAAAAAGAUUGCAUCAAAAAGAGGAACAUGAAGAAAAUAAAAAAAAAAGACACUUAGAGCGAAUGAAAAUGGACGAGAAAUUUCUUGAAGUUUUAGAAAAAUUAGCCAACAAAUAA